GUAGGAAACCCCCCUCCUUUACCUAUGGUAUAUGUAGGAAACCCCGGACUUGAUUCAUAGUGAUCUCAUUUCAUCUUAAUGACUCUAAACUAUCUUAAAUCUUAUUGACGCCUCCAUUUCCACCCCCAACCCCCCCUAUUUUGUGUCUUUUUUUUUAAAUUUUAAUUAACUUUUCAAUAAACACCCCCACAUUUUUUGGUUUAUAUUUAGAUUUUUUCUGUAUUUUCCUUAAUAUUUCUGAGAAAAAAAAAAAAAACUCGGGCGGUGUUAGUACAGUUAACGGCCUUAUUCAGACCGUAACUUGAAAAUCCCUCAAAAUAGAGCCCCCUUCUCAUUUUCCAGAUGAUCAAACAUCCACUUCUAGCUUAGAUCUCAGGUCGCCUUCUCAAGCAUGAUCCAUAGACUGAACAGAAAGAAGGCCCAUUUACCCCUGCUAGCCUUCCUCUGCGCCGUCUUCAUAGUAUGUUCAAUCCUCCACAACGAACGCAGAAUUCAGCAAAUCCACCGAAGCCCAAAUCACCAUCACCGUCAUCAGGAAGCUUUAAUUACAACUUCAGCUCCAAAUCUUUCUACCCGCCAGAAGCAAGCUCCAGUGGUCUUGGAUAGAUUCACUACAUGCAGCUUCACUCGAAAUUAUAGUGGUAGGAAGGCUGGGUGGGUUGAACGUGCGCCGGAGUACGGGUACCGGAGAGAAAAUCUGGAGAGCUGUGACAUAUUUUCCGGUAAAUGGGUCUACGACAACAGUUCUUAUCCCCUGUACAAUGAAUCGGAUUGCCCGUACAUGUCCGACCAAUUAGCAUGUCACAAACAUGGAAGGUCUGAUUUGGAUUACCAGAACUGGAGAUGGCAACCCCAUAACUGCAAUUUGAAGAGGUGGAAUGUGACUGAAAUGUGGAUGAAGUUGAGGGGAAAGAGGCUAAUGUUCGUAGGGGAUUCAUUGAACAGAGGACAAUGGAUAUCCAUGGUGUGUUUGUUGCAAUCAGUGAUUCCAGCUGAUAAGAGGUCAAUGUCACCAAACGCCCAUCUUACCAUCUUCAGAGCAGAAGAAUACAAUGCCACUGUAGAGUUUCUCUGGGCGCCACUUCUUGUAGAUUCUAAUUCUGAUGAUCCAGUCAAUCAUAGAUUGGAAGAACGCAUAAUGCGUCCAGAUUCACUUCUCAGGCAUGCAUCCGAAUGGCAGCAUGCUGAUGUACUGGUUUUUAAUACAUACUUGUGGUGGAGACAAGGCCCAGUUAAGCUGUUAUGGAGUACUGAAGCAAAUAGAGUCUGUGAAGAAUUAAAUGGGCUAGGAGCCAUGGAGCUGGCCAUGGAAGCAUGGGCAAACUGGGUGGCUACUAAAUUUGACCCCAUUAAGCAGCAAGUUUUCUUUGUUACCAUGUCUCCAACACAUCUCUGGAGCCGAGAAUGGGAACCUGGAAGUCAAGGCAAUUGCUACAAUGAGAAAAUCCCCAUCAAUUUAGAGGGCUAUUGGGGAAGUGGUUCUGACUUGCCUACAAUGCGCAUGGUCGAGAAAGUGCUGAACAAGUUAAGUUCGAAGGUUGUCAUCCUCAAUAUCACUCAGCUCUCAGAGUACAGAAAAGAUGGUCAUCCCUCCAUUUACCGCAAAUUCUGGGAGGCAUUGAGCCCACAACAGUUAUCAAAACCUGAGAGUUAUUCUGAUUGUAUACAUUGGUGCUUGCCAGGGGUGCCUGAUGUGUGGAAUGAGUUGCUAUUCCACUUCUUGUAAAAUGGGAGAAUAGGUUUGAAAUAUAUCUAGUGGUUUGAUUGGUUCUUUUA